UUCCCGUCGGAUUCCGGUAACACAGUAUUUGCUUCCAGACAAAGAAUGUAAUAAUUAAACACACGCCGUAAAUCUUAUGUGAUACUCAUUAUAAUUAAUCGACCACUAUGUGCCGCGUGUCAUUGUUCGUCGCCUCGUGGAAGCGGCCGACGCGUGUGGAAUAAGCGAGGACGUGGUGACGAGCGGAAUGUUUUAAUUAGUAUUAAAAAAAGAAAGGUAAAUAUAAGACAUGGUUCACAACAUGUCCGACCCGGUUCAAACCACCCCUGACGGUCUCCGUAACCUGGUCCGCUGGGCUCACAGCCACGGAACCAUCUGCAGCCUCAUCCCCAGCCUGCAGCAGCUCACCUGUGCUUCCCAUGGCAAUGUGCUGCCGCCCGGUUCCGGUGGUAGCAGUGUCCCCGUCGCCAGGUGGGGUUGUGCCGCUGGACACUCCUACCGCUGGCCCCUCAGUGACCACGGCAACGGCUGUAGAGGCUCAGCAAAUACCAGCCAGGGCCCGGAAAGGCUUGUUGGAGGGCGCCGGUCCAAUAAGGUGACAGCGAGAUCAUCAUGUGACCUCUGCUAUAACGAAGCAGCAUCCGAGGGGGAGGAGUUCAGCAGCUGGCCGUUUGACAAUGAUGGGUGUGAUUCGUCAGCCACGGACGAAGGCGGGGACUACGAGCCCCGGUCGUCUAGGAAAAGAGGCGGGACACCAGGACGAGCAGUAACCAGGAAGAAGGUCAAGCAAGAAGUGACCUCGCCGGAGGAUCACGACGCCGCUGUCAACACAGCGAGCACGGGGCCAGCAGAGACGGACGCUGGCUAUGUGUCGCAGGCUUGUCGGGCCCCGAACACAGACUCUCAAAUCACGCACACACUGUUGCCCAAAAAGGCCCUCACACGGGGCCCUCAACCACUGCAUGGACAGGAUCUGAGUUGGGAGAGAUUAGAGGACCCAGAGAUGGAGCUGCUGGCAGGAAGCAGCUACAUGACGGAGACCACAGGGACGUCUGCAGGGGAGCAGAAUGAGCUGGAGAACCUGCACGUGUUACUUCGUGCCGAGCGCAGCCGCAACCAGCAGAUGACGGCGAUCAUCUCCGGCCUGAAGCAGGACAAAGAGAUGCUGCAGAAGGAACUCGCCAAGAAAGCAGACGUCAUCUGUGACUUCCUGCAAGACAAACUGCGGCCAGAAAAGAGGUGGCCUUGUUGCUCUAAUCCGAUGGAGCCGGGAAGUUCACACAUGUCCUGUUCUGACGAUGUGGCAGGGGUCGAUUCCCCGACCAUCUUUGACUCGUGUGAGGAAAUGGAGCUCCACCCUCUGGACCACUAUCGGGCCCCGAAGAGCAAAUGGAGCCGGGACGGAGAAAACCCCCGCGUUCGGAUGAAAAACGUGGGGGGCGUAAUAGCGCGCUACAUGGCAGCCCUCGAGGAGUUUCGCUGCAGCGUCUCCAUGAAGGUGGCCUUUGACCGGGUCGGCGUGGACCGCAACACAAUUUCCCGCACGGCGUCCAUAGCGGAGCUCAGUAUGGCCGCUCCCGAGGUGUUUCACGCACUGGCGCCGUGGGACGAGAAAGGGGAAACGCUAGCACAUUACGCCCACCGCUGCCGACAGGCCAUGGAUGACAACACGAAGGCCAAGAUCAAAACCAUGAAGGGGAAAGGCGAACUACUGCCCAUCGUGUCAAACCGCCCUCACUGAACCAGAAGGCCACAGUGCAUACUUCUUGUAGGCCUACGUAUAAAAAGGAAGUCCACCUUUUUGGAAGCUUUAAUUUCUCUGUUGGAUACUUGACUCUGUGGUCCUCAACUUAUUCCAGGAAUUUUAUCACACGGUUGUUUUUAUCUUUUUCACAAUCCUGUGUACUUCUAAUCAUUGUGUGGCUGCACUACAUUACCUUCUGGCUACAUUUCUGCCUCUGUGGGUGCCUGUUGACCAAUGGAUUGGCCUCACCUUGUGAGGUUGAAAGAAAUUGGACCAGGGACAUAAAGUGUGUGUGUGUGUGUGUGUCAGACAUUUCUACCAGCCACCACAGAAUGGUUUUCACCUUGUGAGUCUGUGUGUCGUCUUGGCAAAAUAGUGUCUUGGAGAUACCGACAGGAGUAGUCUUGAGUUCUGUCUGUCUGUAGUCGAGCCAUUUCAUAAAGUGUUUGAGUGACCACCACAGAAUAAACCAGUUUUCUCGUAUAUCACUUCAUGAAAUGGCUCGACUUUUGAUGUUCCAGUAAAUAGUCUGAUGAAUAAACUGAUUUUUAAUUAAUUCCGAGGUUCAGUGAUUCAAUAAUGGGUUUUUUAUGCAUGUUGUAUGGGUUGUUUUGUGGUCUGCCAAACAGUUUUACAAUAAAUCCACUAAAAACA